AUGUGCGAGAAGGCAGCAGCAGAUGCUGGGGAGUUCAACGUGAAGCAGUGGUCUACAAAUAGCUCGUCACUGAAGGGGUUGGUGGCGUGGGUGCGAAGGACAGUACCUCUGGUGUGGAGGGUGCUGUCCUUGCUGGACUGGCGCAGGAAUCUUUGGAGCUCAGCGACUGUAGCGCUGUGCAUCUGCGUCCGGUCGUCCUGUGACGCCUGGCAGCCUGUCCUGACCGGCGCGGUCUUCAACCUUGUCAACGGCGAUCAGCACGAGGUGGAGCGAGAGUCGCACUUCCUGUACUUCCUGUGCUCCUGGACCUUUGGCUGUAGUGGCCGCCUCCCUUUGGCGCGCUCCGUGAUCCUGGGCCUGAUGUUGGCGGCGGUGCUUCAAAGCUUGGCACGCGUGCUGGGGGACGGCGUCAAGAAGGAGAUGCGUAACAAGCAGAACCAGGAGAUGCGGAUCGCCAUGUUUGAGCACCUGCUGGCCCAGGAUCAGGCUGUUUACGACACGAUCAGGCAGCGAGACCUGGUGCAGAAGGUGGAGCUCCGUGCCAUGAACGAGGUAACGGAAUGGGUCUGGGGCAUUGCCAGCGAUAUUGUGAAGCUGGCAACACAGCUGGUCUUUCUUUUCGCGAUCUCCCCCUUGAUGACGCUUGCGUAUACCGUGCUGUUGCCGCUGGUGGAGCAGAUAGUUCGGAGGUACUUCGACUCGAGCCUGCGCGCGCAGAUGCGCAGGGAGCAAGGGUUGCACAAUAUCUCGGUGAGCGUGGUGAACGAGACGGUCCAAAUGAUCAGGACGGUGAAGUGCUUCAGCAGAGAGGACAAACAUGUGGCUCUGGUGUCGCUGGCUGCCAGCGGCAUCGCCAAGGAGACACAGAACGACCGGCUGCGCAGCGCAAAGCAAGGCCUUGCGCAACUGCUACCAGACAUCACGCAGCGCUCCGUCUACUGCUUCUGUCUUUGGUGCGGCCUUGUGUGGAUGGAGCGCGACUUUUCCGCGGGAGACAUGACCGCCUACCUCCUCCUCAUUCAGCAGGUGGGGGGCUUGGUGCAGAGGGUGCGACACCAGUUUACCGAGCUACAACGACGUCAUGACCUGCUUUUGGACCACUUCGAAUUCAUGGACCGCACUCCUCAAAUACGUUCGGGAGCACACGCCGAAGAGGUGCAGGGUGAUGUGGAAUUCCGAGAUGUGGAGUUUGCAUACCCUGCUCGACCAGAUGUGCAGGUGCUGAGGGGCGUGAGCUUCCGGAUGGCCAAGGGCCAGAUGACCGCCCUGGUGGGCGCCAGCGGCAGCGGCAAGUCCACCAUCGCAGCGAUGCUAUUUCGGCACUACGACCCGCUGGUGGGAGCUGUGCUGGUGGACGAUGUGAGCCUCAGCCAGUGGGACAACACCGCGCUACACUCCCAGAUGGCCUUGGUUGCACAGCAGCCUUUGCUCUUCGACACAAGCAUCCGGAACAAUCUGACCUAUGGCUGCCGCAGGGAUGUGUCCGACGAAGAGAUCGAGGCCGCGACACGUAUGGCAGCAGCCCAUGACUUCAUCCUCCGCUUUCCAGCAGGCUAUGAGACCUACGUGGGCGACCAAGGAGCUCAGAUAUCUGGUGGGCAAAAGCAGCGCCUGAGCAUCGCUCGCGCCGUGAUCUGCAAGCCCCGGAUCCUGGUCCUGGACGAGGCGACCAGCGCUUUGGACGCCGAAGCUGAGGGCGCUGUGCAGGACGCCCUGGACACGGUCAUGGUGGGCAAAACUACCCUGGUGAUUGCCCAUCGCUUGAGUACCAUCCGCAAUGCUCACAGCAUCGUUUGCAUGCGAGAUGGCGUGGUUGUGGAGUGCGGCACUCCAAAGGAGCUCCUCGCGAAGCAGGGCUACUAUUGGAAUCUGGUCAAGCGCCAGGUUUGCACGCUGGACGACCUCUCUGGCUUCAAUCUGGAGUUGGACCAACAUCCCGCAGUGGAGGCCAGCGCCUGA